UGCCCAAAUUAAAAUCCACUCGAUCUUAUAAUUGGACUCAAAACUCUUUUAAUUUCUAAAACACAAAUUAGCUUUCUUGGCUCUCCAACGGUCACAGGAAUACAUCGGCCACUUUUUUCGUCGAACAGACUUUAUUCAUUUUCAAGGGUUUUAGAGAGGUCUUGGAAGUAAAACACAACGAUGGAUUCGUCACAGAAUGCAGCAGCAGCAGGGACUGGUGGUAGCGGCAAUGGGAUGAUCAUCUCUCAAGCCAAUGACACGGCAACGACUGAUGUGGACGAUCCAAAGCAGAACUUGAACCAGGUCAUUAACUCUAUCCAGAAAAAUUUGGGCCUUCUUCACCAGCUCUACCUUACUGUGUCUUCCUUCAAUGCUGCCUCUCAGCUUCCUCUUCUCCAACGCCUCAAUUCUCUUGUUAUGGAGCUCGACAACAUGGUUAAAUUAGCUGAGAAGUGCAACAUUCAGGUUCCUAUGGAGGUUCUUAGUUUGAUUGAUGAUGGAAAGAAUCCAGACGAAUUCACAAGGGAUGUCAUAAACAGCUGUAUUGCCAAAAAUCAGAUCACCAAAGGCAAAACGGAUGCCUUUAAGGGUUUACGCAAACAUCUUCUGGAAGAACUCGAGCAAACAUUUCCUGAUGAAGUUGAAUCUUACAGAGAGAUACGUGCAGCCUCUGCUGCUGAAUCGAAACGGCUUGCACAAGCACAAAGUAUAUUACCAAAUGGAGAUACGAAAGUCUAAGCCAACCUUUUGGUGCCCAUGUCAGUAUUGCAUCUGGUUAUUAGUGUCCAUCUCUUAGCAUGUAUGUGAUCUUAUGAUUGUUGAUAAAAGCCAAAUGGAUACAUUGAUCUAAUAUAGCAGAAUUUUUUUUUGGCUUAAUUUCCUUUUCAGUACAUACUGAUCAUAAAUUUGGGAAUGUGAAGGCUUUGAUUGCCAUGAUUUUGGCUUGUC